CAGAGUGGUGUGUGUAACCAAUAUGGCUUCGUCUUCCUUCACCUGCUCUUCGAUUUUACCUAUUGCUGAUACGAGAAGCGUGAACUUGCGAUGCACAUUCCAGUCUCAGGUCUCUUGUGGGAUUCAAAGAGAUGAUAAUGGACGCCGUGUUUGGCGGAGGAGAACAUUGACGAAGAAGGAUGAUAUGUUGCGUUACAAAAUGCAAAGAGUUCCGUUUGUGGAAGAGCAAGUUAGGAAGAUUAGAGAAGUUGGCAAGGUUAUGACAAUGGACAUAGAGCAGCUUCUUUUGAGGGAAGACAAUCGGUUUGAAUUUGUCAACAGCGUAGCAGCUGAAGCGACUGAGUACGUGGAAAAGAACAGAGACGAAUAUGGAGGUUCCAAAAAGGCCAUCUUCCACGUUCUGAGUAACCGUGUGAACGAUCUCGGGUUUGAUCGCCCUGAGGCUUAUGUAGAAGCUGAUCCUUACAAACCCGGUCCUGGCUAUUUGUUGGAGUACUACACAUAAGAUACCAUUAUAUAUUCUCACAGCUUUCUUAUUGUAUUACCAAAACCAAAUCUCUAUGCAUUCACAUCUUUAUUGUUUUGUAGUUAAUUUUGGUAGAACAAAAUUUUUAAAACUGUUUAAUUUGUUCUGGCUUUUAUGUCUUUUUUAAAUCAAAAUCAUAUAAAUUUCAAUACAA